AUGACUCCCCGCGUACACAAGCCCCGCCCCCAGCCCCCCGGCCCCGCCCCGGAGUUUGAGGGGUGUGGAAGGUUUGUGACCCACUCACCCGACUUUACCCCUCACCGGCUGGGAGACGUGGGCUCGGGCUCGGCGGCUGGGGCCAGGAGACCUUUCGGCCCACGGACCCUCUCCUGGGAGAAUAGGACCGCCCAAACGCGGAGCCUUCGCUUCCAGGAAAGGCAGGAUCGCCCCGCCAGGAUCGCUCACAGGCUGAGGAGAGAGAAGGCCUCUGAGGCAGAAGCCCUGGGGUCUUGCCCGGCCCCCUGCCCACGAAAGUUUCCUGUGUCAGUGCCUGUCCUUUUAGCCUCCUCGCCACAGUUUCCUUUUCUGUAA